CUGCCUGGAGUGACUCCCUAGGAAGAAUUGGUCUGGGCGGCGCAGCGACCACCGAUUCCCAUUCCCAUGAAUCUGCGUUUGUACACAGUAUGCAGAGUCACUGUGCCGGGUACGAGCAUCUUGCUAGCCUUACACCCUAACCAACUCAACUGCACUGAGCAUCCAGCUAGUGUCCCACUACUUACCACUCGUAUCUGCUAACACCACAAAGCCAUCAACCUUCUCCCUCCCAAAAUCUGGUGUGCGGUGGUCAAUAAGAGGCGGAAGCCUGGUCGUCCGACAUCCACUCUCAGAUAUCCUCCGGACACGUCGUCUUACCCAAGCCAACCUGCGGCUACACUGCUGAUACCCUCGAAGACCCCUCCACCUACCUUGCCCCCUCACACAUGUCAUGGAGGCAGCAUCGGCGAGGAUGGCCUCCCGGAAUCAAUUCGACGGGUUUGCCCCGCCUCGAUCGAACCUGCAGAGGUUCAUAUACAAUGCCUGCGACCCAAUGGCUAAUUUGGAGCCGAAUCUCGCAAUAAACCUCGAGAUUGUCGACCUGAUAAACUCGAAAAAAGGCAACGCCCCUCGCGAGGCCGCAGUCACCAUUGUCCAACUUAUCAACCACCGAAAUCCCAACGUCUCCCUCUUGGCCUUAGCUCUCCUCGACAUCUGUGUCAAGAACUGCGGCUAUCCUUUCCACCUACAGAUCAGCACCAAGGAGUUCCUCAAUGAACUUGUUCGUCGUUUCCCAGAGCGCCCGCCCAUCCGUCCGAGUCGGGUUCAGGCAAAGAUUUUGGAGGCGAUCGAAGAAUGGCGCCAAACGAUUUGCCAGACAUCGAGGUAUAAGGAAGAUCUCGGCUUUAUCAGAGACAUGCACAGACUGUUGCUUUACAAAGGUUACAUGUUUCCCGAGGUUCGCAGGGAGGAUGCUGCUGUCCUCAACCCCAGUGAUAAUCUUCAGUCUGCGGAAGAGAUGGAGGAGGAAGACCGGGCGGCGCAGUCGGCAAAACUACAAGAGCUGAUUCGGCGCGGUCGUCCUCAAGAUCUUCAAGAAGCCAACAGAUUAAUGAAAGUCAUGGCAGGUUACGAUACAAGGCACAAGACCGACUACCGAGCCAAAGCCGCAGAAGAGGUGGCCAAAGUCCAGCAAAAGGCUAAAAUCCUCGAGGAAAUGCUGCAAAAUCAGAGGCCUGGGGACAAGAUCGAGGAUGGCGAUGUUUUCGGGGAACUCGCAGCGGCACUGUCUAGUGCGCAUCCCAAGAUUCAAAAGAUGUGCGAGGAGGAAUCCGACGAUGCAGAAGCUGUGAAUAAAUUGCUCGAAAUCAAUGACAGUAUACACCGAACGAUCGAGAGGUACAAGUUGAUGAAGGCUGGUGACGUGGAUGGCGCCAACAGAAUCGAGAAAGGAACCCUUGGGACCAAGACUGGAGUUGGGAAGAAUGCCGCAAACGAGCUCUCACUCAUCGAUUUUGACCCAGAGCCGCCAGUGGCCACGUCGUCCACCUCUAACACUAAUGGCGGCUCGCUUCUGGAUAGCACAGAUUCCUCAACGGCUGCUGCCAAAACAACCACGGUCCAAGAUGACUUGCUCGGACUGUCCCUUGACGACACAUCGUCGGGUCCUCUCGGCACCAUCUCCCUCGGACCAAGCACAGGCUCAGGGUUCGCAGCUGGUUCGAUCUUUGCAAGCACACCUAAAGCCGCGCCGCCACCGUCAUAUUCGCCAGCUCCAGCAAGUCAAGCCUCACCCAAGCCAAACUACGACGCCUUUGCGUCACUGACGAGUGCCCUUCCUUCGUCAAAGCCAGCAACCCCUGGACCGCCCCCAACAACACAGCCGCCACAGCAGCGGCCAGCAACGCAGUCGCACAUUGACCCGUUUGCGGCUCUAGUGUCAUCCAGUUCUCGUCCUGCAACGCCUCGCUUGGCCGGAACUCCACAGCCCGGGGCGCAAUCUGCAGCGGCCAGACAGACCGUUACAGCGCCUGCAGCGACAGAAGAUGAGUGGCAGUUUGAAUCUGCGUUACCGCCAACGAGAACCAUUCAAGUGCAUAGUUCGUCUAUCAAGAUCGAGUUUGAGCCACGUCGAGUACCAGGUCAAAAUGUGAUCCAGAUCACCGCACGAUUUGGCAAUACGACACAUCAACGGAUCACGGGAUUGCAUUUCCAGGUUGCUGUGGAGAAAGCGUAUACGCUUCAAUUGAAGCCUCAGAGCGGACGAGAGUUGCCACCCAAGUCACAAAACGCAGUGCAGCAGGAUAUCAUCCUCAACGGAGUGCCAGAGGGUAAAGGCAAUGUGGUCAAGAUGAGGUUCAAGGUGUCAUAUGAGUUGAACGGGUUUCCUCAAGAGGAACAGGGAACUGUACCGUCGCUGGAGAUUCAAUGAGAUAUGAGCAUUUGUGUAUCAAGCUAGUGCUGUUCCCCGUGAUAGAUGGACCUUGAAGAUGCGUGUAAUAGAGCAAAUUCGGGUCGAUGAUGAAUUGGCGUCACGAUUGAUAAAAUGAAUGGGGUUGAUGACACGAAUUCUGCGUGUUAUAAUGGGGGAAUCAUAACGUGACGCCGACAGGGCAGGGGCAUACCAUCAACCUCUUGUGACAUCCUGAACGAUAAAAGAAACCUGAUGACGAGCCUGGAAGAGGCAAAGUUGGUCAUGCAGAUGAUACAGACGGCAAGAUGCGACUUCUCCCAAGCGUGGAAGGG